CAUCCGCUGCGGCCCAACCACCCUCGGUGGUCCCGGGCGUGGCGAGGCUGCGCCCGACCUCUCCCGGCGCUCGAGGCCGCUGACUCCCGCCCGCCGCCAUGGCAGAGUUGGGCCUAAAUGAGCACCAUCAAAAUGAAGUUAUUAAUUAUAUGCGUUUUGCUCGUUCAAAAAGAGGCUUGAGACUCAAAACUGUAGACUCCUGCUUCCAAGACCUUAAGGAGAGCAGGCUGGUGGAUGAGACGUUCACCAUAGACGAGGUGUCCGAGGUUCUGAGCGGGCUGCAGGCCGUGGUGCACAGCGAGGUGGAGUCGGAGCUCAUCAACACGGCCUACACCAACGUGCUGCUUCUGCGGCAGCUCUUCUCGCAGGCGGAGAAGUGGUACCUCAAGCUGCAGACAGAUAUCUCUGAGCUAGAAAACAGAGAAUUAUUAGAACAAGUUGCAGAAUUUGAAAAAGCAGAAUUUACAUCUUCCACUAAGAAGCCCAUCAUAGACAUCAUAAAGCCAAAACUUACUCCCCUUAACGAAGGUGGGACAGCAGAGCUCCUGAACAAGGAGAUUUUCAGACUUCAAGAGGAGAAUGAGAGAUUGAAGUCAAGGCUGAAGACCACUGAGACGCAGGCCACGCACGCACUGGACGAGAAGUCCAAGCUGGAAAGGGCGCUGCGCGAUUUGCAGCUGGAGCAAGGAAACCAGAAGGAUUGUAUAAAGGCCCAAGACUUGAGCGACUUGGAAAACACAGUUGCCGCUUUAAAGAGUGAGUUUCAGAAGACACUUAAUGACAAGACAGAAAACCAGAAGUCCCUGGAGGAGAGUCUAGCAACAGCCAAGCACGACCUACUCAGGGUUCAGGAGCAGCUGAGCAUGGCUGAGAAGGAAUUAGAGAAGAAAUUCCAACAAACAGCAGCCUAUCGCAACAUGAAAGAGAUUCUAACCAAGAAGAAUGACCAGAUCAAAGACCUGAGGAAAAGGCUGGCAAAAUAUGAACCCGAAGAUUAAACACUGAAGAAAAUUUCAUCUGAAGCUGCCAAACAGACAUCAAGCGGUCUCGCCUCAGGCAUGUAUUCUGAAGACAUUUGUUGUACUCUCUCUGUUUAUUUUUCUAAUAUUUAGACUUUGCUUCUACUAUUUAAAACUAGAGUUCAUGUUGUCAGUUGCCUAACUGAAAAAAGAGAAAACAAAAAACUGGGACUUCCUUGCAGUAGAGGAGAGAGUUUAGUGCGGGAGCAGAGGCUCAUCCUCUGCGCUGGUCUGAAGAGCGCACCUUUUUAAUGAAUGUUACAUAGCAGUGUCUGUACUGGUGCAUUCCCAGGGUGCAUGCAACUAGAGUUCCUGAAGGUAGUCAUUACAAAUAAACCUUAUUUUUAAAAUGAAA